AUGAAGUCCAUGAUCCGUAAUAUUGCUCCUCGGAAGCUACUGGACGAUUUUGUUGAUUCGGCCUUCCAGUUUGUUGAUCAACCCUUGCUCCCGUCUCAGUGUAACUUUGCGCCGGUGGACGAACUGAAGGAAGGCGUUCGAGUCACGGACAUGGUGGAGGGUAUUAUUCCCGAUGACUUCUCCCAAGGAGUCUACAUCCGAAAUGGACCAAAUCCCCUGUUUGGAGGAUUACAAUCCACGGAAUCCAUGUUUGGAAGGACAAACCACAUCUGGGUAGAAGGAGAAGGAAUGCUCCAUGCCCUGUACUUCCAAAAGGGCAGUAGUAGUGAUGGAGAAUGGAGUGUCUUCUACAACAAUAGACACUUGGAGACUGAAACGUUCAAGAUGGAGAAAGACAGGGCCAAACCGUCCUUUAUUCCUGCGGUUGAAGGCCAUGCCCUUGCAAUCUUAUCGGCCCACUUGUUCAAUUGGAUGAGAUUUGGGAAAGUGAACAAGGACCUUAGCAACACGGAUGUGGUGGUGCAUGGUGGGAAGUUCUACGCAGUAGCCGAGACUCAUGCUGCUCAAGAAUUCGACAUCCUGACUCUUGAUGCCAUAGGUGAAUGGGAUAUCAAUGGAGCUUGGGAUCGACCUUUCACCGCCCACCCAAAAAAAGCUCCGGUUACCGGCGAGCUAGUCAUAUUUGGGAUGCAGGCCUUCAAACCGUUCAUAGAACUGGGAGUUGUUUCUGCUGAUGGGGAGAAAUUACUGCACAAAGUGGACCUCAACCUCAGCAGGUGCUCCCUCGUUCACGAUGUUGGGAUUACUGAGAGGUACAAUGUGAUCAUGGAUUUUCCACUCACCAUAGACCUUAACAGACUCCUCAUGGGAGGACCGUAA